CAGUCUGGGCAGUCGCUUGUAUAAUGGAGUUGAGGUGAGAAUGGCUCUUUCUCAAUCAAAAUCUACCAAAAUGGGAAAGUCAAGGUUAUUCCGCAUUUUCAUGAUUGUGGGUGCCGUCUUCAUGAUCCUUCUUAUAAUCAUAUACUGGGAUGAUGUGGGGGCCUCUAAUUUUUACUUGCACACUACCAUCUCCGGACCCCAUCCGUCACGCCUCUCUCCACAGGGCCGUCGUGGGCCUGAAAAGAAAGUAGAGGAAGACAAGGAGAGCUCGUUCUUGACGGACAUAGAUGCAUUUGUCAACCAGUUUCUAGAAGGAACCGCAGACCCUACAGAACAGGUGCGAGGAGAACCCCCUCCUGGAGACCCUCACAAUCAGUCCUCUGAGAAAUCAGAUGAGAAAUUUGUCCCGAGACGGGAGUGGAAGAUCCAUCUGUCCCCCAUUGAUCCUGAGAAAAAGCAAAAGCAGGAAAAUAGAAAGCAGCUGAUCCAGGAUGUGUGCGGCAACAAAAGUGUCUUUGACUUCCCCGGAAAGAACAGAACUUUUGACGACAUUCCCAAUAAAGAGUUGGAUCACCUCAUUGUGGACGACAGGCAUGGGAUUAUCUACUGUUACGUUCCCAAGGUGGCCUGCACAAACUGGAAGCGCAUUAUGAUCGUGCUGAGUGAGAGCCUGCUAGUGGAUGGUGUGCCCUACCAAGACCCUCUAGAUGUUCCUCAGGAGCUCAUCCACAACAGUAGCCUGCACUUCACCUUCAACAAGUUCUGGAAGCGCUAUGGAAAGUUCUCACGGCACCUCAUGAAAAUCAAGCUCAAGAAAUACACCAAGUUUUUGUUUGUGCGGGACCCUUUUGUACGACUGAUUUCUGCCUAUCGCAACAAAUUCGAACAAGAGAACGAAGACUUCUACAAGAGAUUCGCUCUUGUCAUGCUAAAAAAAUACAGCAAUUACACCGAUCCACCGGCAUCAGUAGUGGACGCCUUUGCCGCAGGAAUUCGACCGUCUUUCUCAAAUUUCGUUCAGUAUUUAUUGGAUCCUAGCACUGAGAAAGAGAUGCCUUUCAACGAGCACUGGAGACAAAUGUACCGUUUGUGCCAUCCCUGCCAGAUAAAUUAUGAUUUCGUGGGGAAGCUGGAGACUUUGGAUGAGGACGCUGAGCACUUGUUGCGUAUUCUCCGCGUAGACAAUAUCGUCGAGUUCCCAGAAAGCCAUCGCAACCGAACGGUCAGCAGUUGGGAGCAGGACUGGUUCGCCAACAUACCUUUAGAAACCAGAAAAGAGCUGUACAGGCUCUAUGAAGCUGACUUUAAACUGUUUGGAUAUUCCAAACCAGAGAAGCUUUUACAUGAGUAAUGCAUUGAUCAUCAACUUUAUCAGG